AUGAGUAUGAAGAGUUCGAAAAGGGAAGAUACAAGUGAUAGCAGCUCCCGGGAUUCCGAGAAAACCUCCAAGACAACCGCGCAGGGAAGCCGGAGUGGAGGUAUUGUGGCUGGGCCAAAGGUAAUAGAACCCGUCUUCGAGCAGAGAGAAGCACUGGACGAGCAAAUAAAGAGCCAGAUAAUGCUUUCUUUAGCAACAUUCACUGACGAGACUCCCCCAACAAAGAUAUGCGAGACUCUAAAGAGCAUGCUUGACAGCAAGUUUGGAAAGGGCUGGUGUGUGUUUGCUGGAGGCCACUUUGCAGGAAGCUGCACAUUCGAGGAAAAGUACUUUGCACAAAUAUCGUUUGGUGUGUACUCAAUAACCAUAUUCAGAAUAUUUGUUCCGGGAAGCUAG